UCUGACGUAAUGGCUACCUACGCUUUGUCCGACUCCCACAAGGAGUUGAUGGAAGUUCACCUUGCGGACUUUGAUCCUGAGAUUGCUGAGAUCAUUAAAAAAGAAAUCCAACGUCAACGCGAGUCCAUUCUUCUCAUCGCCUCUGAGAACGUUACUUCUCGCGCUGUCUACGAUGCCCUCGGCACGCCAAUGUCCAAUAAAUACUCCGAGGGUUACCCCGGUGCUCGCUACUACGGCGGUAACCAACACAUUGAUGCCGUUGAGUUGACUUGCCAGGCCCGUGCUUUGAAGGCCUUCAACCUCGACCCUGAGAAGUGGGGUGUCAAUGUUCAGACUCUUUCUGGAAGUCCUGCCAACUUGCAGGUUUACCAGGCUUUGAUGAAGCCUCAUGACCGUUUGAUGGGUCUUGAUCUUCCUCAUGGUGGUCACUUGAGUCACGGAUACCAGACUCCUCAGCGAAAGAUUUCCGCUGUUUCCACCUACUUCGAGACCUUCCCAUAUCGUGUCAACGCCGAGACCGGUAUCAUUGACUAUGAUACCUUGGAGGCCAACGCUCAAUUGUACCGCCCCAAGAUUCUCGUUGCUGGUACUUCCGCCUACUGCCGUCUCAUCGACUAUGCUCGUAUGCGUAAGAUUGCCGACUCUGUUGGUGCCUACUUGGUUGUCGAUAUGGCUCAUAUCUCCGGUUUGAUUGCCGCCGGUGUCAUUCCCUCACCCUUCGAAUACGCCGAUGUCGUCACCACGACCACCCACAAGUCUCUCCGUGGGCCCCGUGGUGCUAUGAUCUUCUUCCGUAAGGGCGUCCGCAGCACCGACCCCAAGACCGGCAAGGAGAUCCUCUACGAUCUCGAAGGUCCCAUCAACUUCUCCGUUUUCCCCGGUCACCAGGGUGGUCCUCACAACCAUACCAUCACUGCUUUGGCAGUUGCCCUCAAGCAAGCCGCUACCCCUGAAUUCCGUCAAUACCAGGAACAAGUCAUCAAGAACGCCAAGGCUCUUGAGGUUGCCUUCAAGGAAUACGGAUACAAGCUCGUCGCCGAUGGUACCGACAGCCACAUGGUCCUGGUUGACCUGCGCCCCAACGGUGUUGACGGUGCUCGUGUCGAAGCUGUCUUGGAACAAAUCAACAUUGCCUGCAACAAGAACGCCGUCCCCGGUGACAAGUCCGCUCUCAGCCCCGGUGGUAUCCGUGUCGGUGCCCCUGCCAUGACCACCCGUGGUCUCGGCGAGGAGGACUUCAAGCGCGUUGUUGGAUACAUUGACAAGGCCAUCAAAAUCAGCAAGGAGACCCAGGCUGGUUUGCCCAAGGAGGCUAACAAGCUCAAAGAUUUCAAGGCCAAGGUCGCCAGCGAUUCUAUUCCUGAGAUCCUUAGUCUGCGCAAGGAGAUUGCUGCCUGGGCCAGCACUUUCCCUCUUCCAGUUUAAGUUGCUCUGUGUUACUAUGAUGAUAUUUUCUUUUCCUUUAUAGCGUGUGAUGUUUCCUUGACGAACGAAAAAAGCUCAACCUGAUGAUUAUUUGACUUUUUAUUUAACAUUUUCAUGUCCAAACACUGGGAGAAAUGGAAAAGGUGUAAAACCUGAUAAUGAUCUUGUUUUCUUUUGUCUAUCAAUAUCCUUGGGUAUCAUUUUUGAUGUUGUGUAUAUGUACACGCUAGGAUGGCAUCUCUCUUCAACAAGUUUAGACUGCAUCCGGCGCAAUUGGUUUGCGGGGUUUUGUGUGUUCUUUUUGAGACGGGUCAGAUCAUUGAUGUGAUAGAUGAAUAUGACGGUUGUUCCUUCUUGAAGCUUUGGUGUAGAGUGGCAUUGAAUUAUCCCGUGACAGAACGGAGCACUCUUAAUGAUUGUAUUCACAAAGCGAAAAGGACAUGCCGUCUAUUCUCUGGGAAAGCGCAAUGUUAGCUUCCUGAGCGAUAUAAUCGCAUACUGUCGUAAUUCUUUUUGAUCCUUAGACGGAAGCACUCGUCACGAUCAAACACCGACAUCCAUUCUAUCAUCCCCCUCAAUGGUAUGUUGAACGCCCGCGGCUCUCCGCCCAAAAUCAGCAAUAACACCUUUCAGAGCUGCAAUGCGUUCCUGCAACUCCUCGAUCUCAUCUUCCUGCUCUUCCGUAGUCCGAUCUACGUCCGGCAGAUUGUCCACCACGGCGCGCGCUUUUUGAAUACGUAUUCGGAUUGCGCUCGCGGCUGUGAAGAGGUCCUUUGCUUCUAGUGGUGGGAGAGAUGACGACGGUGUUGCGGUGUUAGUGACUUCUUGCGAUGGUUGGGGUUUCUGCUGUUGAGACUGGGGUUGUUUUGGUUGUGUUUGUGAUUGUGAGCCGGCUUCGGUUUGGCUUUGGCUUUGGCUUUGGCUUUGACUUGCUGCUCCCGAGGUAGUCCCACCGGCAAUGGUGGAUUGACUUGCAACAGCAGCAGCAGCAGCAGAAGAUGUAUUCGUCGAUGAUAGUAAACGUAGUAUUAGCGCGUGUAAUGGCGGUAGGAAAUCGAAUGUCUGUGGCGACGGAAAUGGGACUGCUCCUGUUGUUACUUGUUGUGCUGCAGUUGACGUUGGUUGGGGAGAUGUCGGAACUGUGCCU